UGGCUGCGGCGCGCAGCGUUGGCGCCGCCCCCGGCCGGGCGAGCCGGCGGUGGCGGGUGGCGGGUGCCCGCAGGCAGGUGAACCCGGCCGGGGCCGCCGCUGCCCGGACCCGCUCCGGCACCAUGACCGUCCCCCGGCUGGACCAGGGGCAGCGCCACCGGCCGCGGAUGGCCUUCCUCAAAAAGAUCGAAGCGCUUAUGAUGGAGAUGCAGAAUCCAGACACGGGCAUCAAGACACAGACACAGAGAGUGAUGAUCACCAACAUCCCACAUGCUGUGGCAGGUAAUGACAUAUUGCAGUGGAUUCUCCAGCGCUUGCAGAUCCCGCAGGAAGAGGCGCUGCACCUCGGGGACCUGUUUGUCAAAUACGGAUACAUCUACCCUCUUCAGGAGCCAAAGAACCUCACCCUUAAGACAGAUGGCAGCCUCUACAGGUUUCAGACCCCCUAUUUCUGGCCCGCGCAGAAGUGGCCUGCUGAUGACACAGACUAUGCAAUUUACCUAGCAAAGAAGAACAUCAAGAGGAAAGGCGUUUUGGAAGAAUAUGAAAAGGAACAUUACAACAUGCUCAAUCAGAAAAUAAACUACAAGUGGGAUUUUGUCAUCAUGCAGGCCAAAGAGCAGUAUAAGGCAGGGAAGGAGCGGAAGAAGGCAGACAGAUACGCCCUGGACUGCCAGGAGAGAGCCUACUGGCUUGUGAACCGAACUCCUCCCGGCACGCUGGACGUCCUGGAGUACGGAUUAGACCGUGUGACAGAUCCCAACGAAAACAAGAAAAAAACUCUGGAUGUCUAUAGGAGAGAGAUCAUGUACUAUCAGCAGUCCAUUAUGAAGACCAGAGUGAAAUCUUCCGUCUCUCUUGGAGGGCUUGUGAAGUACUCGGAGCAGUUCCUCUCCAAUGAUCCCAUCCUGUCCGGAUGUCUCCCCAGCAACCCCUGGCUAACAGACGACCCCGAGUUCUGGGAUCUCAAUGCAAAGCUAGUGGAAAUCCCCACCAGGAUGCGUGUGGAGCGAUGGGCCUUCAACUUCAGUGAGCUGAUACAAGACCCCAAAGGUCGGCAGAACUUCCAGCUCUUCCUGAAGAAGGAAUUCAGCGGAGAGAAUCUGAGUUUCUGGGAAGCCUGCGAGGAUCUCAAGUACGGAGACCAAGCCAAGGUCAAAGAGAAAGCAGAAGAGAUUUACAAGCUCUUCCUGGCUCCAGGAGCAAGGCGCUGGAUUAACAUUGACGGCACAACAAUGGGCAUCACGGUCAAAGGCCUCAAGCACCCUCAUCGUUAUGUUUUAGAUGCUGCUCAGACCCACAUUUACAUGCUGAUGAAAAAGGACUCCUAUGGCCGCUAUUUAAAGUCUCCAGUAUACAAGGAAAUGCUGGCCAAGGCUGUUGUGCCACAACAGACUGUCAAAAAAAGCUCCCCUUUCCUGUUCGGCCGCCGCACGCUCCGCUCCAGCCCCAGCCCCAUCAUCCUGAGGCAGCAGGAGGAAGAGGCCAAAGCCAGAGAAGCCGCCACGACCGUGGACAUCACGCAGCCAUGGCACCGUGCCUCCCCAGCCCCUCACCAGCCUGUCUACACCGGCACCAGCGCCCCACCAUCCCCAGCCAGCCAGCCCCAUGGCACCGCCUGCCCCUCGCCCAUCACUGUGGCCUUGGGCAGCACUGAGGGGGCCGGCCCCAGCCCCGGCCCCUUCCCCUCCGGCGCUGGGAGGCCCCGCACGGCAGCCAUGUCCUUGGGCCGGUUCCUGAGGCGCGGCUGCUGGAGCUCGCCCGUCUUCACCACAAUGUCACCCAAGUGCUCGGUCGUGUCCCACGGGAAGGUGCAGCCGCUGGGCGGGCGGGAGCGGCGGCUGCGGGCGGACACCAGGGCUGUGAGCAGUGCCCUGCGCGUGAUGAGUCUUUACUUCACAACACAGCUUCUUCCAGAUUAAAACGGAUGCUCCUUUAGAGAGCCAAAUCCACCCCAUAGACUCCGAGGAGGGAGAGAACAACCACCCCCGGGCUCGGAAGGGCUCUGUGAAGGAGGUGAUCUGCCCUUGGGAGAGCCCCAUGGAAGAGGGGAGAGCCGGGUAACACACAGCCCAGACACCACAAGGUUUGCCACCUAUGGCUCAGUAUAUGGGCCAUGCCGAUGAAGAAGUGCGUUAGAGCCAUCCUUCAGCAUCAAGGAAGCUCAGACUACCACAGCUAUGAAUAAUGGACCCUAGUGCACUCAUCUGUUUGUAACUCAAGAAUGUGAAGCAUUUCUGGACUGGUUUUCUUUCCUAUCUUUGCUAUAUUCAGAUCUAUUCAUUACAAACCUCUUGAUAAAUGAACCUCAUUUCUUGCCUUAUAGCAGAUGGAGAAUGUAUGUGUAUAUAUAUAUCCUGAGAAAUGGUGUCUUAUCUGAAUUACUUGCUUGGCCAUGAGGUGUCAGCACACUGUACACAGCACAGCUGGAGCAGAGCUCGCAGGCAUUCUUCAGAGGAGGACUUAGACUUCAGUGCCAAGAUUGGGGCAUGUUUGUGUGCCCAGCUUGGGUCCACCUCUUAUUAUUAAUAAUGCUUUUUUAAUGUCAAAGCAAGUUCAUUCAGAGGCAGCUGAUUGCUGGAGAAAAUGCAGUAAAAGCAGCUGCGUACUGAAUGGCAUUCCUUAAUCCAAACCAAAAAUGAUCCCAAAGAGCAAGCAGUGCAGGAGGAGGGCAAAGGCUCCAGAGCGCUUCUGCAUUAGCUCCAGCCCUUCUGUGGCCUCUCAGUGCCAGGAUGGGUUUGGAACCAUGACUUGAACACCUGGGAAGAUCCAGACCAAAUCCAUGUUGGUGUUUUGGGUCUCUCCAAUGCAGGCUGAUGCAUUGCCAGUCUUUACCUGUGUUGUUAUCAGGAGUGUUAGACUGGUGCUUUCCUUAUGUCGUGUCAGUGUUUGAAGAUGGGGUUUUGUUCAAGCGUGGAGGGGUUUCCUGUGUGUGAUAUGGGUCGUUAUUCUGUAGAUUCACGUGGCCUGUGGAUUUAUGUGUCUUCUGGUGUUGCUGUUUUGUACUUUCUAAUUGUAAGUGGAGCUUUGCCUGUGUGGCUGAUGUGGUUCAUCACGCUGACUUCGGCUGCGGCAUUUAAAGACUCUCCUCACACAUGGUGAGUGGUCCCUAUUUCCCCCAGGUUUGGGAUGACAUUUCUAAUCACAGGGCAGUUUCUGUUUCCAAAGACUCUUUCCCAGGGGAGCAGAAGGAUACAGCACCCCAAAGCAAAGGAUGACAACUGCCCAUGAUGCUUCUCUUGUCCGAAUGUGUGUUUGCUUUUACUGGCUUUGCUUGGUUGGAAGGAUCUGGUUCUGCUCUGGCAGUCACUAGUGGUGGCCACCUAUUGCUGAGGAGAGACAUAUGUGGUGUCUUCUGUGAUUGUUUCUGUUAAUAUUGUUACUCAGCUGCUCCUGACAGGAUACUGGUGAUGUAUAAUCCAGGAAACAUGACAGGAAAACUUUGUGAUGUGUAAGAGUUAAUAAUAUUAUAUUUAAUAUUAUGUACAUAUUAUAAGAGCUAUCCUACUAUUAA